GUAGCGAAGUUUUAUGCAGCUGAAAUUGUAUGCGCACUGGAAUUCAUGCACGAAUGUUCGAUUAUUCACCGUGAUCUAAAACCAGAAAAUAUUUUAAUUACUGCUAAAAGACAUAUUAUGCUAUCUGAUUUUGGCACUGCCAAAAUUAUUGGUGCAGAAGUUGGUAUGACUUCAACAAUUGACCAUAAAAGCGAUCGUAACAAUUCUUUUGUUGGUACUGCUGAAUAUUUUUCUCCUGAAGCUUUGAAGGAUUGGGAAAUUGGACCUGCAUGCGAUUAUUGGGCAUUGGGAGCAAUCAUCUUUCAAAUGAUAUCGGGAACACCGCCGUUUCGUGGCAUAAAUCAUUACCACAUCUUCCAAAGGAUUCAAAAAUUGGAUUAUUCAUUUCCGAGCGGCUUUCCGGAAUUGUCGAAGGAUUUAGUGUACGACCCAAAGAAGCGCCUUGGUUCAAAUGAAAUGGCGCAUAAUUUUUUCUCCAUGAUCGAAUGGGAAAAUCUUCCUUCAAUGACGCCGCCUCCAUUAAAAGCCUAUGUUCCCGCUAGCGCUGGUGAACCUGCUUACCAUAGCGAUUUCAUUAAUCCUGAAGAUAUUGAACCAGGCUUUGAUUCUGCUACGAAAAGUCGUUUAAUGGGUGCUAGCGUUAAAGAGUUUCUUUCCCAGUUAGUUUCAUUUUUUAAUCUAAAAUCUCAUGUUUUGCUUUCUAGAGCAGCUAUUGAAGCGAAACAAGCUGAGCGGCAAAGGCGAUUAGAAGAACAAAAUCAAAAUAAUCCUUACCACCAUAUUGUCGGUGAACGUCUCAUUCUCAAAUCUGGCCUUCUAAUUAAGAAAAAAGGUUUAUCUUAUCGUCGUCGGAUCUUCUUGUUGACAGAGGGACCUCAUAUUCAUUAUGUUGAUGAGGCAACAAAAGAACAUAAAGGCGAGAUCCCAAUGUGUAAAAAAUUGCGAACUGAAGGGAAAAAUUUCAGAGCUUUUUUCGUUCAUACGCCAUAUCGCACAUAUUACUUAUUCGAUCCGGCGGAAAGAGCGAUGGAAUGGUGUGAUGCAAUCGAUGACCUCCGUAAUCGUUAUAUGGAUAUCCUCCCUGAAACAAGCGACCCUCCAAAAAGCAAGAGAUAUAGAGUUUUAUUUCUAGACAAGAAAAGAUAUUAG